CCUCUGUCUGGGAAGUGGGAACUAGGGUUAAGGUUUCUACACUUGUUUGAUUCGUCUACCUCGCAAUCGUAGUUGGAUUCAACUUUUUGGUUAUGAAAUGGGGCUGUUGGAGACCUUCCUCGAUUGGCUCCGGAGUUUGUUUUUCAAACAGGAAAUGGAGCUUUCCCUUAUUGGACUUCAGAAUGCAGGGAAAACAUCUCUUGUUAAUGCUAUUGCUACUGGAGGCUAUAGCGAGGACAUGAUUCCAACUGUUGGCUUCAACAUGCGAAAGAUCACAAAAGGAAAUGUAACCAUAAAGUUUUGGGAUAUUGGUGGGCAAAGGAGGUUCCGCACCAUGUGGGAGCGAUAUUGUCGUGGUGUCUCCGCAAUUCUUUAUGUAGUUGAUGCUGCAGAUCGAGAUAGUGUUCCUAUAGCACGAAGUGAAUUGCACGACCUGCUCACGAAGCCAUCCCUAAGUGGGAUUCCCCUGUUGGUUCUUGGUAACAAGAUUGAUAAGUCAGAAGCUCUUUCUAAGCAAGCAUUGGUAGAUCAGCUGGGGCUGGAGUCCAUGGCAGACAGGGAGGUCUGCUGCUACAUGAUCUCAUGUAAAGAUUCUAUAAACUUAAACAUUGUCAUCGAUUGGCUUAUCAAACACUCAAAGACAGCAAAUUGAUUCCAUUGCAAAGCUUUCAUCCAGUUUGCAGGAGAUUUUUUCUGUAAAGGCCCAUUGAGAUCUUUGUUAGACAAUCAAAUUUGAGAAUCCAUGCCUACCAAUGAUGGGAAAUUUUCCAGGCAAAAGCUGCUCUUCACCGAAGUGUUUCUGUGCAUAUUCCUCCAAGAGAAGUACAUUGUAUAAGAUGGAGUGAUUAAUCUAAUUCUUUGUGAAUGGUUUGUUUUCUUGGUUUAUUAUGUGAAGUUUUUUUAUUGUUCUUUAUAUCUUGCUGUCAAGCCUGUUGUUUGUUUGUUUGUAAUUGAAGGAAUACUUUGUAUUGCACGUUUGUUUGUAAUUGAAGGAAUACUUUGUAUUGCA